UAUUCAGUUUCUUGCGCGCAUAUAAAUAUGAACGAAGACAUAUUAAAAAUUACUAGUUUGAAAUUUAAAGUCGCAGAGCUGAGGCCACACUUGCGGGCGGAAAACAACACACAAGGAAAACCUCACAAUAAAUUUCGGAAUGGAUACUAAAAAGUUAUCCGUUCUGCACCUUAGUUGCAUAUUGUUUUUCCUAAGCAUUGCAGAAGGGAUUCCAAAAUUUGAAAGCAAACCAAAAACUUACACAGAAAAUACGCAAUGGAGUCGAACAUAUGAGAAUGAAAACAAAACUCGGCUGAAUGAGCCGGAAACUGCGUCAACAAAAGAUAGACUGGAACGGCUUGGCUACACGACUGGUUAUGGAAGCUUAAAUGGGUACCCUAGUAGCUCAGGACUUUCUGCGUAUAAUCCCAUUAAACUGGAUCUAGGUGGGGUUGUGCUUGGCACCCUUGUAGGUAUUGGUGCAAUAAUUCUCAUACCAAAAAUAUUGUCAGCAUUUCAUGGUGGUUACGGUGGCUAUGGACGUAGUGAGGACGAAAAUGACUUGGAUUCAUUAAGCAGUAUGAUAAGCAAAAUUGAAAAUGUGCUUGGCCAAAAUAACAUUGAUUCAACAAGCUGCAUGCAACGCGCGGUCUGUGGCUAUGUGCGGUCUACGGAAAAGAAUAUAAAGUCUGGAGUAUCCGACCAAGUGGAUGAAUUUAUUCACAUGCUUUCCAGAAAUUCGCUUGUAGACUACCUUUUGGACGGAACUGCAAUAAAAGAAGCUUUGGAACAUGGAAAGGAAACAAACGAAAAGGCCUGCGAAGAGCUUUACCUAUCGUGCCCGUUAGAUAGUAAAUCGGCCACCAGCAUUCUAAUGAAAUUACUGCCCAAGAAACACAAACUUGCAAAGUUACAAUCUACAGAAAUUGAUACUGAACAAAAAGCAUAAAAUUUGUUAGAGGAACAUAAAUUAUAUAUUAUAUAAAAGAUACAAUUUUGACUUGGAAAGGGGAAAUUAAAGAUAUUUAUAUCAAAAAUUAAAAUAUUGAGCUUUUGAAUUUAAAUUACUAUGUAGAAAAUUUCCUAUUGCGAGUAGCAGCACCAGCUCUAUUCUUUAAAAUUUGAAUGAGAAUUAUUCUCACUUUUGAAAUACUCAGCUUUUUGUACCCUGUACCUAUAAAAAUGAUAUAUUCUUGUUCAGCAAUAGCAGCCUUUAGAGUCACCGAGUUGCCCGAAACUCCAUUCGUCUAUCUUUUUUGUAUUAACGCGU